ACCGCCACCAUGCGUUUCCCAUUCGUAGCGUCCCUCCUCGUCGCUGCUGUAGCCGCCACUUCCACCGACUCACUCGAUCCACCUGGAGACCAUGAGCGCGCAAAGGAGGUGACGUUGGUGCGCGAGGGCGAGAGCUACAUCGUGAAGCUCGAUUGCCCCGGAUGUCCGCUGAACAAGGGGAUGACGGUUGAGAAGGAGAAGGAGUGGCGGGGAGUCAUGGGAGAGGAUGCGUUGAUCCUAAACAUCACCCUCUCCCCCUGCAAACGCUCCCUAACCCUCGCCUCGACCCCGCUCUACCCCCUCCCAGCAGGCAACCCCCCAACCUACCGCGUAAUCCAAACCCUCUCCUCGCUAUCCCCGCACGCCCUCGACACAAUCGCCCCGCUCGUCGCACCCCCAACCCGCUCCCAAGAAUGGUUCAACUACGUCGACCUCGCAUACACGCACCGCAUCCUCGCGACGCCCAACGCGGGCCAGUUCAUCCUGCAGCUCGACGUCACGGGCGUCGUGUACCGCGAGCACAACACCUCUUCCCUGAAACUCUACAACUUCCCCACCGAAGCCGAUGAAAGGAAGGUCAUUGAGAUCCUGGUCUCCCAGCAUCUUGAAGACCGCCAUAUCAAACCUCACAUUUCGUCUAUCGCUCUUCUUCCACCCUCUCAUGUCAAGCCCCCGCUGAAAAUGAAAUGCGGCCGUCCUGCUGCGCGCAUCACGUCGUUCAACCCGCUCGAGUGGGAUAGCUUUGGCAAACUCGGGUCCGCCGCCCGGACGUGGAAUGUCUUCUGGACGCGCAUGGCGGCGUUUUUCAUGGGGCCGGGACUGCUCUGCAUGUUUGUUACUGCGGGGGUUGGCGCGGUUCUGCUGGUGCGGAGGCGGGUUGUUGAGGCGAGGGCUGAGAAGGGGUGGGAUGAGGUGGGCGUUGAUGGGGAUGAGGGGGUUGUGUUGUUGAUGGGUGGGGAGGAGGGGUUGUAUGUUGAUGAGGAGGACGAGGAUGAGGAGGAGGGGUUGGAUUUUGAGGGCAAGUUGGAGAGUGUUUGAGGGAUGGUGGGGAUAUUUGUGUGUGUGUGGUUUUUUGAUAUAGAGAGAGGCAUGUUCGUGCUGAUGGUGUAUGCCAGGGUGAAACAAUUGUUCCCUAUGUCCUCCCGCCUCAUGGCGGCGGCUACUGUUGUGGGCUGCGGCGUAAUUGGCAACCAAGAACUAUUGCUGUACUUACAGGUUUGU